UAUUUUAUUUGUGUCAAUUUGAUGAUUUAGUUAACUCGAUUUUGGGAGAGAAACAAAAGACAUUCUACGAAGUGGACCCAUAUUGUUCUGUCCUGUCCUAGUCCCCUACAUACAAAUCCCAAUCUUCACUCUCUUCUCUAUUUUAUCUGUUACAAAAGCAUAGAUAAAAAGAAACUCUGUAACUUCGGAAAAAAGCUCUACAGUUUUUUACUUUCUUUUCUAUGAGGAAUUAUAAGUUGAGAUUGCCAGCUAUGAUCCCAAGUGAAUGGUUCCACAAGCUCAAGAACAUGACCAAACUCAGAAAUAAGCCUUCUCCUCAUCCUUAUUCUUCCAAGAAGGAAAAAAGUUCUUCUGGCUCUAAGUCUCUGUCUCUUCCUUACUCUUCAGGCUCUUAUUUCUCCGAUAGAUCACGCACUUCCUUACAAACAUCUAAGACCCUUCACAUUUCGCCAAGAAACUCUCUUCACAAAAUACAGAGCAAAAGAAAGACUGUUUACAAACCAUCUCCUCCUUCCUUUUCUUCUCUAUCUGCAGGUUUCAGCAAGAAGAAGAUCAAGUUCAUUCCAAUCCAAGAUUCUUUCUCUGCCUCUACCAACUUGAAACUCAGUUCUUCUGCAGAUGAUAUCAUCAUCGACAUGUAUAAUAAAGAUUCCAAGAAGAAAAUGUUCAAAGAGACUAGGGUGUUUGAUUCAACAGAGAAAACCUUUCUUGGAAGUAAACGAACCAAGGAAUUGCGUAAAACCCAUCAUCUAUCUGUGAAGGUUGGCAUUAAAGAGAAAAAGGAAGGAGAAGAAGAUGCAUGUCGAAUCCAGAAGAACCAUCAGAAACCAUUAGUUAUUAGUGCCAGAAGAUCAUCUGAAAAAUCUUCAAGGAUAAAAAUUAGAGUGAGUUCUCCUAGGCUUCAGUUCUCACCUCGUAGAAGCAAAUCGAGAUUGCAGAACAAAAAAGUUGUAGACAGUUUUGCAGUAAUCAAGAGUUCUCUUGAUCCCAUGAAGGAUUUCAGAGAAUCAAUGGUGGAAAUGAUAUCAGAGAACAAAAUCAGAGCCUCUAACGACUUGGAAGAUCUUCUAGCAUGUUACCUUACCUUGAAUCCGAAGGAGUAUCAUGAUCUUAUCAUCAAGGUUUUCGUUCAAAUCUGGCUUGAAGUCAUAAACGCUACAUUUGUAUCCAAGUAAGAACGUGUAAUGUUCUUAGCAUAAACUAUGCUCAAAUGCAUUAAUUCUCCAGUAAAUUGUAGUUAUUUUAAAGAGUUUGAUGUAAUUAUAUGGUUAUGAUUAGUAAAAAUAUUAAAACAAACCUAUUCAACAAUUGAGCAUUUUACGAAGUCAUUGUUUCUCUGGCGUGAGAGUCUGAUAGAUAUCCAAAUUACAGCAAUUAGCCCUAAUCUCAUCACUCCCAUGACUACAAUGCAUGGAGCUUAACCGCAUUUGGUCUUCUAUCUGAUAUGCAAGUACUUUCUCAAUUUGACAUAUAACUUAUGGUCCAUAAGCUAUGGAUGAUUAUAAUUAAAAUAUAAAAUAUGAAACAGUAAUGUGUGGUUUCAAAAAUUAAUGUGACAUUUUUAGAAACAACAUAGAACUAUGAUUAAAU